AUGAGCCCCUCUGCACUCGCAUCGGGCAAAUGCGAGCCAUGUAAGAAGGGCUCGCCGAAGCUAUCACAAGAGGCGAUUGAAGGCCACUACGAGGAAUUGGGAGGGACACAAUCUGCGGAUUUCUCGCAGCGACUGAUCCUCGAGUCCCCUAUCACUAUCCCUUAUGCGAACAGUCUCCUCAAAUCCUACCGCUUCAAGAACUUUCGAACCGCACUCGCCUUUACCAACUCUGUAGGCGUCCUGGCAGAGGAGCAGAAGCACCACCCCAGGCUCAUCACAGAGUGGGGAUCGGUAGAGGUGGGAUGGUGGACACAUGCCAUUGGUGGGCUUCACACAAAUGAUUUCGUCAUGGCGGCAAAGACGGAUGAAAUUGCACAAGAGGCAGAGGGGCGCAAAUAA